CCGGUGCAAGGAUGUGACCGCUCUCCUCUCCCUUUUUUCUUCUUCCAAAUAUAAAGCGGCCCAAGUGAAACGUGUGGGAUUUCACCGCAAUCCUCCGAGCACCACUGGACUUCCUCUCUCUGAGAAGAUCUGUUCCUCAGGGGCCACAGCCUACGUAAACAGGUUGCCGUGCUCCUGUGGCUCUUCUGCAUCAUGUCGGGCUUCGUGCUACAGCGCCUGACCACGAUAACCGUCAGUGUCAAACAAUUCGGCCGCAUCCCAAACCUUGUUCAACGCCUUCCCUCCUCCUUACCCUCUCCUAAGCCCACGGUGAGCGCAUCCCAGGUCCCCUCCCUUUUUCGUGAACCUUACAUCCUCACCGGGUACCGCCCCAUCCACCAAAACUGGUACUGCUACCUCCUCAGCCUCUUCCAAAAGCACAACGAAAGCCUCAAUGUGUGGAGUCACCUGCUAGCUGCACCCCUUUUGCUACUUCGCUGGUGGAGCCAUUUUGGGAACCUAGGUUACCACUUGGACAUUUCAGUGCUACCUCUUUGCCUGUUCAUAGUCUCCGCCCUGAUUUGUUACUUCUGUAGCUCGGUGGCACACCUGUUUCAAUCGCACUCCGAACAUGCACAUUACUAUGUAUUCUUUAUGGACUAUGUUGGAGUUGCAGUUUACCAAUAUGGCUGCGCUCUAGGACACUACUUCUAUACUUCUGCACCUGGAUGGAGAGCUAGCAUCUUUGGACAAUACUUUCUCCACGGGACUGCGUUUUUGGGGUUGAUGUCCAGUCUUGGGUGCUGCCUGGCAAAGUCCAGAUAUCGCAAACCAUAUCCGCUUCAACGUAAAAUUUGCCAGAUAAUCCCGUCUAGCCUUGCGUACUUUUUGGGAAUUAGCCCAGUGGUACAUCGCCUGCUGACUGUAUCAUGGGAAGAAGAACCAUCCCUAAACAUGCACGCCCUUCAAAUAUUGUUUUUCCUCUGCUCUGCUCUCUUCUUCUCCUGUCCGAUUCCUGAAUGCUUCUUUCCUGGAAAAUUUGAUAUCUUUGGUCACGGACACCAGAUUUUUCAUGUAUUGCUGUCACUUACCACCCUUUCCCAGCUGGAGGCGUUCUUCCAGGAAUAUGCCAGAAAUAGAGAGAACAUAGUUGACAUUUUUGGAGAAAGUCAAAUUUGGUGGGCAUGUGUGUCUUUCCCGGUUCUUGCAAUUUCCUGCCUGCUUGUUGCCGUUACCUCAAUGAAGUUUAUGCACAACAAACUGAACAAAGACUGAACAAGGACUGUAUGAACAUUGAUUUGAAUAUAUUUGGUGUUUAUGUUAAAUUAAACGAGCACUCUUCUGCCUCUCGAAAAUUAUUAUUGAAGUGUUAUGUAAUAAAAGAACGUGGC